AUGGCGCAGUCUGAUGUAAACCUACAGAUCCAACAGGAAAUUGAAGAGAACAGACUUCAAAGAAAUCAAAUCCAUGUCAAGCCUCCAGACAAUUUUUCCUUCAACCCCUAUGAUUGGAGUGUGUGGAAGAAACGCUUUGAAAGUGGUUUAGGUAAAAUGAACGGAGCUUAUGAAAUUGAGCUAAAAAUGGGAGCAAAGCCAUUCUCAAUUACAGUGCCUCGACGAAUACCUCUACCAUUAUGGUCAAAAACCAAGGAAGAGAUUCAAAGAAUGGUAAAUAUGGAGGUCAUAACUCCAGUAGACCAUGCUACACCUUGGUGUUCUCCGAUGGUCGUCGUACCAAAGAAAGACAGCGGUAACGUCCGGAUAUGUGUUGAUCUUUCGAAACUAAACCAAAGUGUUCGGCGCCAGUUACAUCCAAUUCCAGGGAUAGAAUACACAAUAGCACAGAUCAAAGGAGCUACUGUGUUCUCUAAACUAGACGCCAAUCACGGGUUUUGGCAAAUACCUUUGGAAGAAAAAUCACAAGAUCUCACCACUUUUUUGACACCUUGGGGACGAUUUAAGUUCAAGGUCCUCCCCUUUGGCAUUACAUCAGCUCCGGAGUAUUUCCAGAAACGCAUCCAUGCUGCUCUUGGUGAUCAAAGAAAUGUAAAAGCUUACAUUGAUGAUAUCCUAAUAUGGGGAAGCACACAAGCCGAGCAUGACAAGGUUUUGGUGGAGGUUCUGGAAAAGCUUCAAAAGGAAGGCAUUACCUUGAAUAAAGAGAAAACAGUCUUUUCAAAGCCAAAAAUUAAGUUCCUUGGCUUUGAACUGAGUGCUGAUGGCAUUUCUCUUGAUCAGGAGAGAGUUAAGGCUAUUUCUGAGAUGGAGCCUCCAACUGAUGUGAAAGGUGUACAAAGAUAUCUUGGAAUGAUCAAUUUUAGUGGAAGAUAUAUUCCAAAUAGGUCUGAGAUUUUGAAGCCUAUUCACGAGCUACUCAACAAAAAUAAUGAAUGGAUAUGGGACAAACCACAACAAAAAGCUUUUGAUACUAUCAAAAAUCUUCUUACUACGGCUCCUCACUUAGCUUUCUAUGACCCUAAUCUUCAAACAAUGAUUUCAUCUGAUGCAUCAUCAUUUGGUAUCGGCGGAGUAUUGUUGCAACGAGAAAAAAGUGGCACAUUCAAACCAGUAAGCUACAUAUCACGUUCUCUCACUGAUACAGAAAGAAGAUAUUCCAACAUAGAACGAGAAGCUCUGGGAAUCGCCUGGGCAUGUGACAAGUUGAAAGACUACAUAGUUGGAAUAUCUCGUGAGAUUGCAAAGAUGGUUGAAAGUUGUCCACAAUGUAUUCAGCACAGGAAAAAUAAAAACGAACCACUUAUUCCAGCAGAGUUCCCUUCAAGACCUUGGCAGAUUGCAGCAAUGGAUCUUUUCAAGUUAAGUGGUCAAUGGUUCAUCGUGUUAACAGAUUGUUACUCACGAUACUUUGAAAUUGCAACCUUACGUUCUUUGACAAGUCAUCAAGUCAUUGAAAAAUGUAAAUCAGUAUUUAGUCGUCAUGGAAUUCCAGAAGAAAUCAGAACCGACAGCGGAACCCAAUUCACCAUGCGUCAAGGUUCGGAAUUCCAGCAGUUUUCCAAAGACUACAAUUUCAAGUUAAAGACCAGUAGCCCUCACUUCCAUCAGAGUAAUGGAGCUGCAGAGGCUGCAGUGAAGAUAGCAAAAUGCAUCCUAAAGAAAAAUAAAGAAGACCCUUAUCUGGCACUCUUAUCAUACCGUAACACUCCAAUAUCGAACGGGUUUAGCCCUGCACAACUACUAAUGGGACGACGUUUACGAGACAAUCUACCAGUUUUGCCAGGACUUUUAACAGAAAAGCCAGAUUUGAGUGACUUGAAACAAAGGGAGAGGAAUUAUAGAGAAAAGUACAAGAGAAAUUAUGACUCCAGGCAUGGUGCCAAAUCUCUUGGAAGUUUGAAAUCUGGAGACAGCGUUUGGAUAUCUGACGUGGGAAAACCUGGAACGGUUGUAAAAACAGCAACUGAGCCACGAUCAUAUAUUGUCAGGACUGAUACAAGAGACCUAAGAAGAAACCGUUUCCAUCUUCUACCAUUUCCCGAUGACUUGAAAAGUACACCAUCACGAGACAAUGUGACAGAACAAAAUUCAACAAGUGUCUGUACCAGAAGUCCAAAACCACAAGAGGACAACUCAAGUUACAAGACUAGACACGGACGUCAAGUACAUCCUCCAAGGAGACUCGACCUUUAA